GAUUCUAGUUCGAACUGUGGGCUCAGUCAGCAGACUUGCCUGGGUUUGAAUCCCAGCUCCGCUCCUUUCUAGCUUCGAGAAAUUAAGGGAUCAGGUCACGUUCGCAGAAUUACUUAACCUCGCAGCUACAACUCCCUCAUGUGUGAAAUGGGGAUAAAAAAAGUAUCUCACAGGACUGUGACGUUGGAGAUUAUCAAAUGUAGUGUCUGGCAUGGGGUCAAUUGUGAACACUUGGUAGUUCUUCGGACUGUAGUAAGCAGACAGGCAUAUUCACUUUCCAUUAAUUUCCUCAUCUCUUUUGUUGAUCUUUUAUGAUCAUUAACGCAUCAAAUGAAUUCUAGGUCAGAGGGUCCUAAAUAGCCAUGCAUACCUAUAAGACAGGAAUUGAUUUUGGUGCUUGUUUUGGUGCUUUGAUUUUGUACUGAUCAUGUUUUUCAGUACAGUGCUGGGAAAAUAGCAAAAGAACUGAUUCUAAUACCCAUAUGGCAGCAUCUGUGACCCUGCAUCAUGAGCUAGAGGUUGUUGAACUCCCAGUUUCACUAGGGGAAGUGUUUUUUUAAUAAAGAAUAUUUUCAAGUUGUUUCUGGACCCCUGUUUCUGGUUGCUGGUCACCAGAAUGUAAGAGGAUUUCCCCCCAAAAACCAUUUAUUUUCUGGUUUCUGACUUACGGGGAAGAUGUAUUGUCAAAGUGGAUAGGUCAUUCGCCUAAAGGUAUUUUUUUCCUUAAGCAUAAUAGCGAACGUGGUCUGCUCGAUUAGAUUCAUAAUUGCAUUGUAAUCUCCUAAAUUUAUCCAAGUUUUAACAUCCAGUUAGCUGGUUAACCAGCCAGAGUAGAGCCUCACCGUACUGGACGGUGACGGGGGUAAUGAGAGGAUUUUGCCAGGAAGGAAUUUUAAUUGUAGAUGAAAUUCAGCAACCUUAGCAUGACAAAUGAGAGAUCAAAAGAGAACAGUGGUGAUGUUACUCGCUGUUCAGAAAAUUUGUUCUUCCCUCCCUCGGUGCUGUAUUAGCCUGUUUUUGUUUUUGGUUUUUAAUUGUGCAGCAGCGGCUUAGAUUUGUUUUCCUAUUAUUUUGAAUAUUGAGGCUUGAUCAGGGGGGAUAAAUGGAAUGAUUGGUUUUAAUAUCAAAAAGUAUGGAAACUUAAAUAUGCAUGAACACUGUCCAUGAACUUCUUAAACAUUUUCGUAAUACUAUGAGAAUAUUUCCAGUAGGGGAAGUCUGCCUUUCCAAUUUGCGUUUAGAGGUGAAAUUACAGAGUUUUGAGGCAAUUAAAAACAUUCUAAGGAUGGAGAUCCUUCUCAUAACUAAGAACCGAUACUUCUAAAGAUUGAGCAGUAUUUGUACGUCCUUGUCUUUUCAUUACUGAACACUGUGGGAAAAUCCUGUAACACAACCACAGAAACGUGAGUUUUCUGUUUCUGUUUUGUUGCUCCAACGUGUUUUCUCUGUGACCUCGGAACGUGGGUGUUAGUUGUUUGAAGAUAGUCCGCGCCAUCUAACUAAUCACAGAAUUGUCAUUAACGAUUCUAUUUCUCUCUUUCAUUUUGCCAUUUUUUCACCAUCCAAUGGACUCAAUCCCCAGCGUUGGUCAAACCGGAAGCGGCUGAGUGCCAGCAAGUCCUCUUUGAUACGCAACUUGCGACUCUCAGAGUCCUUGAAAAAGAACCAACUCUGGAAUGGGAUUAUAAGUAUAACCUUGUUGGAAGGGAAGAAUGUAUCAGGAGGAAGCAUGACAGAAAUGUUUGUCCAGUUAAAACUGGGAGACCAGAGGUAUAAAAGUAAGGAUGGGCAUUUUGGACAUUGAAGUGUGGGGAAAGGACAGCAGAAAGCACGAGGAACGUCUGGGCACGUGUAAAGUGGAUAUCGCAGCGCUGCCUCUGAAGCAAGCCAACUGCUUGGAGCUGCCCCUGGAGAGCUGCCUGGGGGCCCUCCUGCUGUUGAUCACGCUCACUCCCUGUGCUGGAGUCUCCGUCUCUGAUCUGUGCGUGUGCCCCUUAGCAGACCCCAGCGAGAGAAAGCAGAUUGCCCAGCGAUAUUGCUUACAGAAUUCCCUGAAAGAUAUGAAGGACGUCGGCAUUUUACAAGUGAAGGUCUUAAAAGCAGUAGAUCUCUUAGCAGCGGAUUUCUCAGGGAAGAGCGAUCCUUUUUGCUUGUUGGAGUUAGGCAAUGACCGACUUCAGACACACACCAUUUACAAAAACCUCAACCCUGAGUGGAACAAAGUUUUUACAUUUCCUAUUAAAGAUAUCCAUGAUGUUUUGGAAGUGACAGUGUUUGACGAAGAUGGAGAUAAACCUCCUGAUUUUCUUGGAAAAGUUGCCAUUCCCUUGCUGUCCAUUCGAGAUGGACGACCAAAUUGCUACAUACUGAAGAAUAAAGAUUUAGAACAAGCUUUUAAAGGAGCUAUUUACUUGGAGAUGGACCUCAUAUAUAAUCCGGUCAAGGCGAGUAUUAGGACCUUUACUCCCAGAGAAAAGCGCUUUGUUGAAGAUAGCCGCAAGCUGUCCAAGAAGAUCUUAUCAAGAGAUGUAGACCGUGUGAAAAGAAUCACCAUGGCAAUGUGGAAUACAAUACAGUUCCUUAAAAGCUGCUUCCAGUGGGAAUCCACGUUAAGAAGUGCAGUAGCGUUUGUGGUAUUUUUGGUCGCCGUCUGGAAUUUUGAACUGUACAUGAUCCCCCUGGCCUUAUUACUCCUCUUCAUCUACAAUUUCAUCAUUCUCACAAAAGGGAAGACGGGCAGCAUCCAGGACAGCCAGGAGAGCACAGACGUAGACGAAGAGGAGUAUGAUGAUGACAAGGAAUCCGAGAAAAAGGGGUUAAUUGAAAGAAUCUAUAUGGUACAGGAUAUUGUUUCAACUGUUCAAAACAUCUUGGAGGAAAUAGCUUCUUUUGGAGAAAGAAUUAAAAACACGUUCAACUGGACGGUCCCAUUCCUUUCCUUCCUGGCCUGCCUGAUCCUGGCAGUGGCCACCGUCACUUUGUAUUUUAUUCCACUCCGGUACAUCGUUUUAAUCUGGGGCAUAAAUAAAUUUACUAAGAAGCUUCGAAAUCCCUAUGCCAUCGACAAUAAUGAGCUGUUAGACUUCCUCUCCAGGGUACCGUCUGAUGUUCAAAAGGUGCAGUACGCCGAACUGAGACCCUGCAGCAGCCACAGCCCCCUUCGGAAGAAGCGCAGUGCCGUCUAGGACACGCGCCAACUCUGGCCACCGGCACCCGAUUCCCUGUGGGGUCGGUGAGACCCGUGGUGUCUCUGUUCCACCGGUGGUCCCCACGGUGUCUUUCCAAAACACGUGCUGUGUGGAGCCCUCCCCCUCUUCUCCCCGCUUCUCCACGGGCACCGAUUGCACACGUGUGCGCACGUCCACGCACACGGGUGUGCCGGUUGCGUAGCAGGUCGGCCCCUCGCAAGGAAACAAGCCAGAGACCGUGAAAGACUGAUGUCCCUUCUCCCGUAGAAGGUAACCUAAGGCUGUCAGGGGUCUCAACAGCCUCCUUGAAAACAGCCGGGAGUCCACCUGGAUUCAAGAGGGACUUUGAACUUGUUAUGGUACCUCCACCAGAUUCUCCUGAAGAUCCGGUCAUGUCCACUCCCGUCUGCACACUCCUUUCAGAUUGUUGUUCACGUGAGGCAGUCGGUUUCUCCGAGUUAGCAAAUCCCUGGUAGCCAUCGUCUCCCCACAUAGUAUAUAUCAUGCAUAGAUUUUUAAAUAAUGACCCAGAUCAGCUCAAGUCUUUGGGAGUCUUUCAGCCGGGAUUACUGAGGACCCGUAUGGAAAAUUGUGGUCAACACCUCGGCGCUGGAUGUCAGCCUCUUUCACCGUCCAUUGCUGGCAAUGGAAGGCCCCAGAAAGUCCAAAGGGGCCACUCGUCCAAAAAGCGAAGGUUUCAGUGAGAGUAUUUGGUUGCCUUAAAAACGCCAUUUCUUCUGACUUGACUUCGCUUUAUUUCCAAAAUAAAAUGUCAAUAUUAUAGCUGCAGGACGCGGGGGAUGAAUGAAUGAAUUCUGAAAGUAUUUAGAAAGAAAGGUGAAGGCUGGGGAGCAAGGGACUAACGAAUGAAGGUGGACCGCUCACCUGAUUGUCGUAAUCCCUUCAUUCGCCCGCAUUUGGGGGCAGAAAGUAAAAAUAAGGCAGCAGUCCAAAAUGAUCUUUCGUUCCUGAGCAAAAUAAUCUGCAUGUAAUACAUCUAUAUCUCAGAACCGCGUUCCUAGAAAAGCAUCAUCCCCAAAUCCUGAAUAGUAUCUGAUGCCUACAGCCCCCAUUUCAUAGUACCCCCCCCAGGUAAAAACCCCGAUUUUGUGCAUAUAUAAAAUGUAUGCCAAUACUUUAUGUUCAAAUGAUAUUUAAGUUGUAACGACCGUAUUUUGUUGACACAUACUUUGUGCAGUUUUAUAUAUAUAUAUAAUAUAUAUAUAUAUAUAUAUAUAUAUUAUAUAUAUAUAUGUAUGUAUUGUAAAGCAAAGCCGAGGUAAAAAAAAACAGAUUUAAUAGUGAGUUUUGCUAUUUUUUUUUCCUCUCUGGGUUGUAAUUUAAUAAUCUUCAAACAAAAUGUUUAUGAAAAAUGCCAAAGAUUCUAAACCUUAUCAUCCCGUGUCUGUUUUUCUUCAUAUUAUAUCUUCCUGGGUUUCUUUCUGGCUGAGCCAGAUUUCUGCAUGAUUUGAUUUGCUUCAAGUUAAUGAAGCUGGUUGGAAAAGAGCCUUGCAGAAAUUAUAAAAGCUCCAGUAAAUCUCUUAGUUGUACAUACAAUAGAUAUCCAAGAACCUCUUUUGUGAAACCAGUUACUCAAUCUUCUGUGUAAACAAUGCCUCAUUGUCUCACUCCCGACUAUCAUGUAGUUUAUCAUAGUCUGUCAUUUUGUAACGACCUAAGUCAGACAUUUUUAAACAGACAUGUGAGAUCUGAUCAGUCAUUCGAACGAAAACUUUCAGCAAGCAAAAUAACCCCUUAUUUAUUUUUAAAAGUAGCACUGAUACUUUAUUGUUGUUCUUUGGCUAUACAAUUUCAAAAUGAAAUAAUUUGUCCAACAAGGAGCCAUCAUUAGCGACUCUUACUCCCUCUGUAACCCAACAGGAAUUCGGAGCGUUAAGUUUAGGAUGCAGACAGCAGCUGCGAUUCGGGACCGAAUCAGCCUUUAAUAAACUGUCAAUGGAAAACAAGUGUUAAUUGAUUAAGGAGGCUUGGAAGGUUAAAAAUGUUAGUUGUAAGGGGAAUGUGAAGACUUGUACGAGUAAUCAAACUCGCAUGAAAGAUUCCAGAAUGCUUUAUAUAAAAUUUAUGGAUUGUGGAUUCACAGUACGAUCAUUGAAGAUAAUUUAGUAGGAAUGUUGAA